UUGGAUGAUCCAGCUUUAUUAAAAGGUUAAUGUUUCUAGCAGUUUUAGAGGAGUUGGAGAGCUGGCGGCACUAUGGCUGAAGAAAAUGAAAGCAUGUGCUUUAACACCUCUCUGGCGGACACGGACUCCUUCAUCAGCUUGGAUGACAUCGAUGUGACCGCAGAUGGGAGUCCGAUCCUGAGGUUCCUCAUCUGCCUUGUUUAUUCUGUAGUGUGCGCAGCUGGAUUGAUGGGUAACGUGCUCGUCCUCUUCUUCACCAGAAUCAAACACGAGAGAAAGAAGUCCAGCGUGAACUUUUUCGUGUUUAAUUUGGCAGUUACGGACCUGCAGUUCGUGCUCACGCUGCCCUUCUGGGCUGUGGACACCGCGCUGGACUUCAGCUGGCCGUUUGGAAACGCCAUGUGCAAAAUCGUCCUCUCUGUCACCGUGAUGAACAUGUACGCGAGCGUGUUUUUCCUCACAGCCAUGAGUGUGACGCGCUACUGCUCAGUGGUCACGGCUCUGAAGAACAGAACUGUGCGGAAUCCCUGCUCUGCCAAAUGGGUCUGCGCUAUAAUUUGGACAGUAGCCACUCUGGCGACAGCUCCCACGUCUAUUUUCUCCACUGUCAGCAACGUAACAGGAGAAAAACUCUGCCUGCUGAGGUUUCCUGGCGGACAGUAUUGGCUUGCAGUUUAUCACAUACAGAAAAUACUUGUAGGUUUUGUUUUACCCAUGUGCAUCGUGUCAGUCAGUUACAUCCUGCUCCUGCGUUUCAUCCGCAAUCGGAGCAUGAAAACAAGUAACCCUAAACGGAGAUCCAAAGUCACUAAAUCCAUCACAAUCGUCGUUUUGUCCUUCUUUCUGUGCUGGAUGCCAAACCAUGCCAUCACCCUGUGGAGCGUCCUGGUCAAACUGAACGUUGCAAACUGGGACAAAGCGUACUAUAUAGUACACACUUACGUGUUCCCCCUGACUGUCUGCCUGGCGCACACAAACAGCUGCCUGAACCCGAUUAUUUACUGUCUCACGAGGAAAGAGUUCAGGAACAAAUUGAGGCGUCUGAUACACAGAGGAUAGAAUCUGUGUUUUCUUUAUGGAUGAACUGAAUUAGCGCACAAACACUAACCAAGACGCACGGAGUGCGCACGGUUUAGAGGGCAUGGAGUGAGAAAAGCGACCAGCCAUUAACACAAAUGGUAGAGCUUACAUCAUGACAGGGUUGUAAACUUGAGUCUGCUCAUGAAAAAUUGGACUCCACCCUCCAAUUUUGUCUCCAAAGGCUGCUGUAAUGUCACCAAGUUCUGAUAAAUAAGAAACCGGCACAGUUCGUUCAAGCCUGUGUGUUAAGAAUUAUAACGUUUGCGUUAAAAUAUCAUGCCUACUACCUUUGUAAAGAACCACUUGGAGUUUAUGUAUCUACAGUAAGAGCAAUCACGUGCGUAAUUGCGCAUGAAAACCAAUUACGCACUGGUGCGCUCUUGUCUUAAUUGUGUGUAAGGUGCCAAUCAGUGAGGCAAUCCCUCGCUCUGUGGAACGUUCUCGCUGAAGGAAGCUAUGAAUCUAUGGACACUCGCGGAUUCACCAGCAUUUGUGGGUUUUAUUCUGCCAGCAUCGACAGCCCUGCUCUUGUCGUGGUGAUUGUUUUGUCUGCGUAAAGCACACGGCAAAUUAAAAGUAACUGAGCUGCUAAAACCGCCUUUGAAUGUUUUGAAAUAAUGUCACGAAUGUAAAAUUAACGUGUUCAUUUUGACAGUCGUGAAUUAAAAAUACCUCAUUACCUGCUAAUGUUAAAGUGGGGGUUCUAAGUGUUAUGUAUUUGUGCACAAAGGGCAACGAAUGUAUCAAAUCCAGCUGCUGUAAACACGCGUAAACAAAGUACCAGUGAUGUGUAGCGAUAAAUAUGCCCUAACGUUGUCAUUGUGUUUUCCACUCAUGAUAAACGAGUGAUAAUCCACGAGUCAAAGAUGACAGGUUUGACGUCAGCAGUGACCAUCACAAACAUAUCCAGGCUGGCAUCACAGCGCCACGCAGGAGAUGAAAUAGAGAACAUCGUGGAUCGCUCGAAUCAUGAGGAAAAUGUAGAUGCUUGCACGGACGUUGAAAGAGGCACGUGCGCAACUGCUUUGCUUGAAUGGGUGUGAGAGCUUUGGCGCACGUGCACAAAUUCCAUAGGAACAUAGAGA